GAUGGGAUUGAGAGUCAUCUACCGUCACGUGACAUGGUUAAUAAAGUUACAAAAUGACAAGAAAAUCAUAAAGCAAUAGUUGGUAGCAGUAUUUUUACAGUUUUUGGCGUCAGGCAGAUGUAUCCAAGUGCAUGGCAAUGAUUUCAGUUUCCACAAUUAUUUACUUGCUAUCACAACAUUACUGUACACUAAAGAUGGAGACAGUGGGCGUAUUAUUUCUUUCUUGUAAAUUUAGGGAUAUAUUUCUGGAAAAACAUUGGACAAGUAAUUUAGGACGCUCUGUUUGUGAUUAUUUUUUCGAAGCUCAAGGAAAGGCCGAAUCUCCUGAAGACAUUCCUCCUGUAAUUUCAACAGGAUUUAGUUAUCUUAUCAGUAUAUUUCGCCAUGAUCUCUUCUUUGUUUCUGUUGUUGAAAUAUGUAAAGUUCCACCUUUGUUUGUGAUUGAAUUUCUUCAUCGAGUGGUUGACUUGAUCAAAGAAUAUUUCUCUGACUGUACUGAAACAAUCAUUAAAGAAAAUUGUGUCAUUGUAUAUGAGUUAUUGGAAGAGAUUUUGGAUAAUGGAUUCCCUUUAGCUACAGAGUCAAAUGUUCUUAAAGAGUUGAUAAGACCUCCUAGUAUAGUUAGAAAUGUUGUUAAUAAAGUGACUGGAGAUAGCAAUAUGAGCAGUCAUCUCCCAACUGGUCAAUUGUCCAAUGUUCCAUGGAGGAGAACUGGUGUAAAAUAUGCAAAUAAUGAGAUUUGUUUUGAUGUAGCUGAAAGCAUUGAUGCCAUCAUUGAUAAACAGGGCUCCACCAUAUUUUCAGAAAUACAAGGAACUAUUGACUGCAACUGUAAAUUAUCUGGCAUGCCUGAUCUCAACAUGUGUUUUACAAAUCCUCGUAUCUAAGAUGUCAGUUUUUAUCCUUGUCUUCGCUUCAGAAGAUGGGAGUCUGAACGAAUUUUGUCAUUCGUCCGCCCGGAUGGUCGUUUUCGUUUAAUAUCAUAUAACGUGGCAACCGGAUGUGUGUUUUAGCAGUUAUAUUUUCAUGAUAAAAUUGUCUAUUUUGAUGGUAUUUUUUGUUUUUUUAUGUGUAGAGUAAAUAUGCUACCAUUGUUUGCAAAGCCUCGUGUCUUGUUUCAAGAGGCUUAUCAACUGUUGAAAUUAUUUUAAAAUAUUUUUUUGUUUGAAAUAAAUUAAUUAAAUUCAA